UGCUAGCGUGAGUUCUCCAGAGCCUAACGUGUCACUUAAGUUCAUGGAAGCAUGUACAGGAGGGCUGACAGUAGGAUCUGAAACCGGGACCGUUUGUGUUGUGAGUCGGAGUUACAGCCCGACCCCUGGAAGCUGCUGGUUGGUUCUCUGGUCAGGGCAUCACUAUGGCAUCGUGGAUAUUUCAUAUGUAUGUGAUGGUGCUGUCUACCUUCAUCAGCUGCAGCCAAAGCAAGAGGGACAAAGUCCUCUACUGUUCUGCUUGUAAGGCGAUUGUGGAUGAGCUGAACUACUCAAUCAGUCAGGUGGACCCAAAGAUGACCAUUAAUGUAGGGAGCUUUAGACUCAACCCUGAUGGGACCAUGACAGACAAAAAGGUCCCGUUCGUUCGCUCAGAAACGCACCUCAGUGAGCUCCUGGACGGGGUGUGUGACAGCAUGAGUGACUAUGCCCUCUACAUUGACCCGAACACCCACCACAAGCAGUACAGGAGAUUCGCUCCAAGAGUCAGUGGAUCCUCAGAAGACUUCCCAGACUUUGAAAACUUCAAGUUUGAUGGUCCGGAGGCAUCCAAUAACCUGAGAUUUGCUUGUGAGACGCUGGUGGAGGAACUGGAGGACGACAUCAUCUCUUUGCUCGGCCGGGAUGAGGGAGAUGUGCAGAAGAAGUUAUGCAGCCGAGUCUCAGAUUACUGUGAAGACGACAGUCAGCCAAAUGACGAGCUGUAGUAAUUGAAAUCACUUCUGCCUUGGUCUUGGAGUGAGCAACUUUUUCAAAGAUCAUUUUGAAACUCAAAAUUAUUGUAACAGUUAACUUUUGUAAACAAAUAAAAAAUUAAGAGAGAACACACUA